AUGAGCGAUGCAAUACCGCCAGAAGUUGUUGAACAAUUGCGGAGGUUUCACGAAGCACUAACAAUUCUAGAAGACACUUACCAGAAGCAUUUUUCGAAUUCUCUAGAAGCGAACACGCAGAGGCCACCGCUAGAAAAAUUAGAAAUUGAUUUGAUGUCCGUGUUCGUGAUUAAUUCACUAUACUGGAUGCUUCUAUGUACACAUGGACAGAAACCAAAGGAUAACGAGCUUCUGCAAAAUGAAAUUAACCGAACGAAGGAAUAUAUGGGACGGUUAAGACAGCUUGAAGAACGAAAAACAGCACCUUGUUUGAAUCAGCGGGCGGCGAGAAGCUUUGUGCGAAAUGCUUUGUGGGAACCGAAGCAGCAGCAGCGGUCAAACGCACCCAAUCAUUUUUAUAAGAGAGAUGAACAAUUUGAAAAUGGUGAUAAUUGUUCGAUUUUGCUGGAAGAGGCUGAAAUUGACGAGGAUCAGAUGGAGGAAGAUGAGACCCUUGUAAAUUCACCUCCAGUGAAAAGUGUUACGAAACGAUCACCUCGAGAAGCGAAUAUUAUGAUGGUAGGAGGUAUUCCUCCUAAGAAGAAACGGUUGUAA